CCUCCAUCCUGUGUGCAUUCGGUGGGUUGAUCCCCUCCUGAGGGACACAGGAUGCUGUUGCUGCAGGCUAUUCUGCUGCUACUUGCCCAGUCCAGCUAUGGCCAGAAUACCAAGGCUGAAGACACUGACGUCCUCCAACCCCCACCCAAAGGGUCCUGCCCAGGUUGGAUGGCGGGCAUCCCAGGGCACCCUGGCCACAAUGGGGUCCCAGGCCGCGAUGGCAGAGAUGGAACCCCUGGUGAGAAGGGUGAGAAAGGAGAUACAGGUCUUGUUGGGCCCAAGGGUGACACUGGUGAUGGUGGAGUGACUGGUGUUGAAGGUCCCCGAGGCUUUCCAGGAGUCCCAGGCAGGAAAGGAGAACCUGGAGAAAGUGCCUAUGUAUACCGCUCAGCAUUCAGCGUGGGAUUGAGUAAUCAUGACACUGUCCCCAAUGUUCCCAUUCGCUUUACCAAGAUUUUCUACAAUCAACAAAACCACUAUGAUAGCACCACUGGUAAAUUCCACUGCAACAUUCCCGGGUUAUACUACUUCUCCUACCACAUCACCGUCUACCUGAAGGACAUAAAGGUCAGCCUCUACAAGAAGGACAAGGCUAUUCUUUUCACCUAUGACCAGUACCAGGAAAAAGAUGUGGAUCAAGCUUCCGGCUCUGUGCUCCUCCAUCUGGAGACAGGUGAUGAGGUGUGGCUCCAGGUGUAUGGGAAUGAAGAACAUAACGGGCUCUACGCAGAUAACGUCAACGACUCCACCUUCACAGGCUUCCUUCUGUACCAUGACACCAACUGAUCGCCACUAACUCACAGCCUCCACCACACCAAACAGCCCAGAAUCAAUCAUAAUGGUCUACAGUUUUCAGUGUAGUUAGGAGACUGAUUUAAUUGAAGGGCUCUAACAUCAUUCACUUACUUACUCUGUUCAGUCAUCAAGUACCUUUUUUAAAACACUCAUAUACUUGUUACUACGCCUGAAAAAGACAAGUUCCCUGGCCUUGAGAAUCUACUAUGUAGUGGUAAUUAAGGGAUAGUAACACUUACUGGGGAGUGUCACAUACAUUAUAAUUCAUUACAAUAAAGAGUUUGACAAAGCUAUUCUGUGCCCACUAUAUUUCCUCAUGUCCACUCUAAUUCUGAGAGGUACACAGGAAAGACGUUCUUCACAUUUUA